AUGGCGAACAACGGAAACGGUGCCGUCGGCAACGAGAACGUGAACUUGGACAUUGUCACGCUCACCCGCUUCUUCACGGAAGAGCAGACCAAGUACCCCGAGGCCUCGGGUGACUUCACACUCCUCUGCCACGCUCUGCAAUUCUCCUUCAAGUCCAUCGCAUACUACAUCCGUCGGGCUUCGCUGAUCAACCUGACCGGCCUGGCCGGUUCCUCCAACACAACCGGUGAUGACCAGAAGAAGCUCGACGUGAUCGGCAAUGACAUCUUCAUCUCCGCCAUGCGCGGCUCCGGCAAGUGCCGCCUCGUCGUCUCCGAGGAAGAAGAGGAGGUGAUCGCCUUCGAUGAGCACCCCAAUGCCCGGUACGCUGUGGUCUGUGAUCCCAUCGACGGCUCCUCCAACCUCGACGCGGGUGUCUCCGUCGGCACCAUCUUCGGUAUCUUCCAGCUCCCCGAGGAGACGGUUGGUGAGGGCAAGAAGGUCGGCCCGGAGGUUCUGCGUCUCCCCGGAACGGAACUUGUCGCCGCCGGCUUCACCAUGUACGGCGCUUCCGCGCAGUUGGUCAUCACCAUGCGCGGCGGUGGCGUCAACGGCUUCACUCUCGAGAACUCGCUAGGCGAGUUCAUCCUUACUCAUCCCAACAUGAAGCUUCCCGAAACGCGCGCCAUCUACUCCGUCAACGAGGGUAACAGCAUGUACUGGGAUGACUGGUGCAAUGCGUACUUUGACAGUCUGAAGCGACCCGCAGACGGUGGCAAGCCCUACAGUGCUCGAUACAUCGGCUCCAUGGUCGCUGACGCCUACCGCACCUUGCUGUACGGUGGUAUCUUUGCCUACCCGGCUGACAAGAAGAGCCCCAAGGGUAAGCUGCGCAUCCUGUACGAGUGCGCCCCCAUGGCCAUGGUCUUUGAGAAUGCAGGCGGUCUCGCCGUGAACUCGCGCAUGGAGCGCCUCAUGGAAGUUUGCCCCGAGUCCAUCCACGACAAGAGUGGUGUCUUCCUCGGUUCCAAGGGCGAGGUUCAAAAGGUCAUUGACAUGUACAACAAGUACCACAACUAA